AUGAAUUGGUCUACUAAAACCGAUGUGCAAACUUCUAUUGAAAUAAUUAACGACAAAAUAAAAUUAACUAAAGGAACUAAUAAGAAUAAAAUUAAUGUGGUUGCUUACCAAAAAUAUUUCAACUUUUUGGAAAAAUUGGGUUUGCGAGAAGAAUUACAGGUUGUUACUACUUAUGAUGAACUAACACUUGGUGCCACUCUUUUUCACCCCCUUUUAAUAAAUAAAAAUAACAAUAAAAUAAUUGUCUUUUGUCAUGGCUUAACCAAUAAUCGUUGGUCGCUCUUUUAUACGAUGCACUUGGCUCUCCAACGAGGUUAUCAAGUGGUCUCUUAUGACGCCCGUAAUCACGGACUUUCGGGUAAAUCUGCUACCACUUUGGGUCAAAUCGAGGCCUGUGAUUUACAAGAUAUUAUUACUUGGGUAAAAGAAAAAUAUCGACCGGAAAAAAUUGGUCUCUAUGCCUCUUUUAGACUUCAUUAUCAGUUGAGUAAAAAUAAAUUAAAUAGAAACAAAAUUAAUCUCUAUUUGUGCCGAUAUGCGGACCAUGGCGAAUUUCCUUUUUUGGGUGAUUAUAUUCCUGAUAAUUUGCGGUGA